AUGAAGAGCAGGUGGCGGACCUGGACUGAGUCGUUUCGGCGUGAUCCCGACGGCCACAUGACGCCUGAGAACGCCUUCGUCGGCGCCAGGGAGCACGACGGCCGCGGCUACUACGACCUCCGCGUGGCUAACUACCGCACGGCGCACCCACUGCUGGCCAAGGAGCUCAAGGGAAGGCAUCUGCAGAUGAUUGCCAUUGGCGGCUCCAUUGGUACUGGUCUAUUCAUCUCGUCUGGCACCGCCCUCAAUACCGGCGGACCAGCCACACUUCUGCUGGCGUACCUGAUGGUUGGCGCUAUGCUCUACUGCGUUAUGCAAGCAUUGGGCGAGCUGGCUGUCGUCUACCCAAUAGCAGGUUCCUUUUCUGCGUACUCAACAAGGUUCCUUGACCCAGCCUGGGGUUUCGCCAUGGGAUGGAACUAUGCCUUACAAUGGCUUAUAGUCCUACCGCUGGAAAUCAUAGCGGCUUCAAUCACCAUCUCAUAUUGGAACGGCUCGGUAAACAAGGCCGUCUUCGUCACCAUUUUCCUCUUUAUCAUUAUCGCCAUCAACUUGUGUGGCGUCAGGGGCUAUGGCGAGGCCGAAUUUGUGUUCGCUAUCGUCAAGGUUACCGCCAUCAUAGGCUUCAUAUUACUUGGCAUCGUCAUCAACAUUGGUGGCGGCCAGAACUCAGGAUACAUCGGCGGCAAGUAUUGGCACAAUCCUGGGUCCUUCAACAACGGCUUUAAGGGGCUGUGUAGUGCCUUUGUGAGCGCCGCUUUCGCCUUCGCUGGAACCGAGAUGGUGGGCCUCGCCGCCGCGGAGACGGCCAACCCGCGCAAGUCGCUUCCCACCGCCAUCAAACAGGUGUUCUGGCGCAUUAGCCUCUUCUACAUCCUCGCCCUGACCAUGGUCGGCCUCCUGGUUCCCUAUGACGACGAGCGCCUUCUCGGCGCCAAGGAAAGCGCCAACACGAGCGCGAGCCCUUUCGUGAUCGCCAUCCAGGACGCCGGCAUCCAGGUUCUGCCCAGCGUCAUGAAUGGCGUAAUUCUUAUGGCGUGCAUGUCCGUCGGCAACUCCUCCGUCUUCGGCUCCAGCCGCACCCUGGCCGCCCUCGCCGACCAAGGCCAGGCGCCCAGGAUCCUCUCCUACAUAGAUCGGCGCGGCCGCCCGCUCGUGGCGAUCCUCCUCGCGGGGAUUUUCGGCUUCCUCGCCUAUCUCGCCGACCUCGAGGAGGAGGAGUCCGUGCUUAACUGGCUGCUCUCUAUCUCGGCCCUGUCCGGCGUCUUCACCUGGGCCAGCAUCUGCAUUGCCCACAUCCGCUUCCGCAAGGCCUGGCGGCUCAAGCACCGCUCGCUACGCGCCCUGGCCUUCCGUGCCCAGAGUGGCGUCCUCGGCUCGUGGCUCGGCCUGCUGCUGAACGGUCUUAUCCUGGUCGCCCAGUUCUGGGUCGGCGCAUGGCCCGUGGACUACUCGCAGUACACCGCCGCGGAGAACACAAAGAACUUCUUUUUAAACUACACCGCCGCCCCCGUCGUUAUCAUCAUGUACGUCGGCUACAAGAUGUGGUUCCGCACAAAGUUUGUGCGCACCGCCGACAUAGAUCUCGACUCGGGAAGGAGGGACUUCAACCUGCCGGGCCUACUGGACCAAGAGCGAGAGGAGAGGAGGGUUUGGCCGAGGUGGAAAAAGGUAUAUCGGUUUUUCUGCUGA